AUGAAAAAGGCAUUCGUUGCGUACAAAACAAUCUGGUGGGAAAACAACAAGGAAUGGAAGCUCGAGCUCAAAGCCAAAGUCUUCAAUCAGAAACAACUUCAAAAACAAGCCAUCGAACGCUGGGAAGACUACCUCGCCUACCAGAAGUACCUCAAGAUCUUGGAAGAACGGGCCCAAGAGUUUCACCAUCACAAUAUUCGAAAAACAGUGAUCGGCCAAAUCGUCAUCGGAGCAUUCAAAAGUCGACAAACAAAAGAACUACAGUAUCAAGCGAACAAAUACAUGGAACUUUCUUGCGUCCGAGCAGCUGUUCUCGAAUGGAGGCAUAAAUUGCUGCUUAUUCAGACCGGGCGAGAAGCACGUGACCUGUACUGCGUCAAAUAUUCUCUUCUGAAAUGGAAGCUCAAGCUCGACGAAAGCAUUUCCGACAAAAACAAAGUUCAAGCAAUCCAAAGUCGUCUAAAAACCACCAGAAAGAAAAAAAUCCUCCAUUCAUGGCAAGUUCAAGCUCAAAAAGAAAUGAUUCUCCGGUGGAAAGCAGCUCAACUCGAUGAAAUGAUCAAUUCAAAUCUGGUGAAAAAGAACCUGAAGUCUUGGCGAAAAGAAAGACACAGAGAGCAAGACCGAAAUUAUAUUUUCUCCAUCGCGAUAAAUAAUAAUUUGGAGAAGCGACUCGUUCUUCGGGAAUUUCUUUCGACCUGGGUCAAAAAGACCAAUCUUCGUCGAUCGUUGAAUUUUCUUCAAGAGCUUCAAAAUGAUGCCCUUCUCGAAUCGAGUCUUCAAAUCUGGCGGAAAAAGACCCGGCUUUGUCUGAAAGCCCAACUUUUCAGAAAAGACAAAACUUUGGAAUUGACGCUAGAAAAGUGGCAAAACAAACUUUCAGAAAAAGAAGACGUUGCGAUUCUCCCCGCUUUGGCGAUCGCUGAUAAAUUCUACGAAGCCAAACUCAUUCUCAAAUUCUGGGGCGGUUGGCAAAGCUUCAUUCUCGGCCAGAAGCAAAUCAAGGCGAUGGAAGGGACGGCCCUUGGCUUCCGAAAUUUGAACUUGAAAGGGAAGUUCGUCACGAUCUGGCAAGAACGCUUUUCCCACAAGAUGCAAUACAACGAGCUUUUGCGAAAAGCGUACACUUAUCGAACAAAUGUUCUUCUGGCCAAAAUUUCGUAUGGGAUCUGGAAUGGGAGCAUCAGAAGCAAAGACUUGCGAGAAAAAGCCGAAGAAGCUGAUUCAUUUCAAAAUGCUCAAUUGACAAAAUUCGUCAUUCGAACUUGGCAAAUUCGUUUUCAAGAAAAACUCGCUGAAAACGAACGAAUCCUCGCAGCGGAGGAAUUUUACGAAUCAAAACUCAAGAGACAAGCUUUUUCUGCUCUAUUUGCUUUCAAUCAAGAAAAAAAGCUAGAAGAGCAGCGGAUCAUCUGGGCGAGAAAUGUUUACAAAUCAAAAAUGGCCAGUUCUAUCAUUUCUUCCUGGUUCUUCGAAGCUCAAAUCGCCCGUUUCCAGAGAAAGCGAGAAGGGGAAAUGAAAAAGAAGUUGGUUGAUAUUUGGCUUGGAGAAGUUCUCAAAUCGCGGGCGAAGAAAGCAGCAGCAAUCGAAUUCAAAAGGAGAUUAGAUCAGAAAAAGCUUGCGGAAAGCUUGAGUCGAUGGAAUGCUUUCAAGACCGUGACAAAAAAGAAGAAGCAGAAAGAAAGGGAGAAUUCUGCUUUCGCGAAAAAUAUCCGAGAGGGAAAAUUGAUCAGGGGCAGUUUAGCAAGUUGGAGGAAGAAAUUUCAGCUCGCUCGGGCUUCGAAAGAGAGAGUUUAUGAAAUUUUUGAUGAAAAUCGCGACGCCAUCGCGAAAAUUUCAAUUCGUCAUCGAUUCGCACACCUUCUUCUUGAGCUAAAAGAGCGAGGGAGAAAAAGAUUGAGGUUUUCGAAAAUGAGUGACGAAGCUGAAGAAUUCAGGCAUCAACAUCUGACCAAGCGAAUUCUUUCAGUGCUCAAAAACAGCUACGAGAAAGCAGUUAAUCGAGAAAAGCAAUUGACGAUCGCUACAAAUUUCGAAGAACUCCGAGUGCUUACAUUUUCGCUGAAAUCAUGGAGGAGAAAGUAUCAAGAAAAAAUCGAAGAGAAUCAGAAAACAGCUGUUGCUCUUCAAUUUUGGUACGAAGGCCUUAUUUGGAAAACCUUCAAAUGCUGGAGGUUUUGGAAAGCCAAUCGCGACGCGAAAAAGGCGUUUUACGACGAAGCUUUUGCUCGAUACAGAACAUCUGUUGAAAGGGACUGGAUUUUCAAGCUCAAAGAUCUCAACUCCAAAAUCGAGCAAGCAUCGCUUCGAAAGGCUCGUGCAGUUCUUCCCGAGCGCGAAAUCAUCCUCGCAAAACGCGUUAUAAAACGCUGGCGAGCAAAAUGCUGCCCUCGUCUUUCAGAAUUGCAAGCUUUUUUGACUCCUUCCAGGGCAGAAAUUCCCAUUUCCAAAGCAGUUUACGAAGCGUUGCCGAUUACCGAAGACGUAGAGUUAGAAAAGCGGCUGUUUCAGAUGCCGAAAAUUCCGCUUUUCUUGCAAGAGGAGCUUGUUUCGAUCCUCACUGGAGAUGAAGCUGUUCGUGAAGAAUCUCCAGAAAUUCAAGCUGAACUGGAGAACAGUUCGGAGCCAAAGCUUCUCGGACCAAACGCCUUUGGAGAUUCAGACUCUUCCUUUCCAAUUUACCGUCUAAAACCUGAAACUUCUGCGCCACAAUUUGACGGUCCGCUGAAUGAAAAAGAAAAUUUUCACAAGCAAGAAAAAGAAGAGACCAAGAACAAGCUUCCCGAUCCUUCAAAACUCUAUCUUCUCCAGCCACAGAAACAAGAGCGCAAAAAAGACUCUCCAUUCCCGUUUUCGCCCAUGUUCUCCGAGUCCUCACCUGACUUUCCAGAAGAAGACGACCCUUUGAUGGACAAAGAGAAGCGAAGUUGGCGAUUCGGACAAGAUAGAAAACCCAUCACUUCAUUUUUAGUCCUUCCAGAAAGAGAAAAUGGGCACGAAUCAUGGGGAAGCGAGCAAAGCGAUGCAUGGAGCUGUCGAGGAUCUUCAACAACGAGUACAUCCUGUAAUACUACGCCUGCAAUAACUCUCGACCUGGAUGUCCCACUGGACCCAUACGUCGUUCCCGAAUUCGACGAGCCAACAACAGGUCUUCCCUCCCGCCCGACUUCGCCGCCCAAGCCAAAGCCAACGCCUCCAACACCAGCACCGCCAAAACUGACAGAAGAAGAGAAACAAGAAAUCCUCGCCGAAUUGUUAGAACUCACCCGUCUUCAAGAAAAACUAGGAGAAGAGGAUCACUACACGAAAUCAGUCUCGAUGAGAAUGGAUUAUCUCCAAAUGAAGCUGAAGAGCUGA